CAACACUUUGACAUGAUCGUCAUCACGAGGUCCAUAUAACGUGAUCAUAAUGGCUCAAGCUUCUUCUUCGAGGCGGUCUUCAUCGCCAUUUAAAAGCUCAAGUCGUUCGCCACGAAAGGCAGCUUCACCCAGUCUUCAAUAUUCGCCUGUUCUAGAUCCUGAUCAAUUAGAACGCGAAGGUGGUUUGUUGGAUGAAGAUGAAUCGGGAUUUUUGGAUCUUGCUAGUAUGGGAAGGGGAAUGGAAGAUUUGAACUUGAUGGAAUCUCCAAUGCCUAGAGCGAUCGCAUCUUCAUCUUCUUCUGCUCGACCAAGACCAUCACAAGCAAGACUUAGCUUGCGGAACACAUCACCAAGCAAACCCAAAGGAAGACCAAGUUGGGGUCCCAAAGCUAGCCCGACCAAAGGGAAGAUGAGAUUGCUGGAAGGAUUAGAUGCAUCAAAUAGCUCACCGAAUGGCAAUGGUCAUACUACCUCUUCCUCCACUCAAAAGAAGGAAAGAACACUCGGUGCUUUGACGAGCGGACGAACGGCAAAAGGAGGACCUCAAAAAGCACGGCAGAGUAUAUUCGCUCGUCCUACCCAAUCAGCGCCAUCUCAAGCAAAAUCUCGUCAAUCAACUGAUGCAGGGGACGAUAUCGGUGACGAUUCAUUCAUGAAGAAUCCAGCUCUGGCAACGAGCACAGGAAGUACGUCUAGUGUGAGAGAACGAGUUGCAUCAUUGGAACGAACAAAGGAUGCUUCGGCUGCCCUUUUGGCAAAAGCGACCCCGCAGAAAAGCUCCAAAAGCAUCAAUUUCGAUGAACAGCUAGCCGAAGUUCGGAGGCUGAAUAAAGUCUUUGAUGCAUAUGAGCAAAUGCUCGUUCAAAGUGCUGAUCAAGUGGACGAUUUCACAACACGAAUUGGAGAAACGAAUGCAUUACUGGAUAAUUAUAUCGAUUUAAUGAGGCAGACCGAGCGUACACAACAACUUUUGAUGGACAAAGAUUGGAAAGGUGUGACUGAAGAUGAAGCCAUGCAUGCACUGACGCUCGAGUUGGCCGAAAGAGAAGAAAGGAGAAGGAGGGAAGAGGCGGAAGAAGCUGCUAGAAUGGCAGCUCAGAGAGCUAGGGAGGCAGAACAAGCUCGUCUAGCAGCUGAAUUGGUUCAACAACAACAGCAAAAACAGAUACCAAGGACUACUACAGCUACAAGAGGAGCUCGAGCAAGUACUGCCGUGAGGGGAAGCGGGUUGCCAACAAGGGGAACUGUUUCAGCAAGAGUAAGAGGAGCUAGCACGGCUUCUGUGCGAGGAAGAGCAACAGCAGGAAGUGGUGCAACAGAAUCCACUGCUUCGUCUGGACUAAAUAAUCGUUAUGCUAAUGUACGCAGCUCUGGCUAUGGACCAAGAUGAGUGGAGUUACCCGAAAAGAAGAGCCUUGUAUUUAUACUGUAAGAUAUAAAUGGGAAGAAUGCAUUGAGGAGUUGGGACCAUUUGCUUUACACAGGCAGUACC